GCUGCUGCUGCUGUUGGAGCUUUAAUUUACUUUGUUCGCAGUUCUUCGUUGAUACCUCCUGCUGAUUGCUGUUUUUGUUUUUUAUUUUUGCAUUUUUUUGGGGUGCGUGUGUGUUUUUGCGUACAGACUUGGUGGAGGAGAGAUGGGAGACAUUGUUCAUCCUCCUAUGGAGCAGCUUCAGGACCUCGAGUACUGCAUUGAUUCAAAUCCUCCUUGGCCUGAAACCAUUUUGUUAGCAUUCCAGAAUUACAUUUUAGUACUUGGCACAAGUGUAAUGAUUCCCUCAUUGCUCGUCCCUAUGAUGGGUGGAAGUGAUGGGGACAAAGUACGUGUUAUUCAAACAUUGCUUUUUGUAGCUGGCGUUAAUACUCUUCUUCAGGCGUUGUUUGGGACUAGGUUACCUGCUGUUGUUGGAGGAUCCCAUAGUUAUGUUGUUCCCAUAGCAUAUAUUAUUCAUGACUCGUCAUUGCAACGGAUAGAUGAUCCUCACAUGAGAUUCAUACAAACCAUGAGAGCUAUCCAAGGAGCUUUAAUUGUUGCCUCAAGCAUACAAAUAAUCCUUGGCUACAGCCAAGUAUGGGGACUGUUUUCUCGCUUUUUCAGUCCACUCGGCAUGGCACCGGUUGUCGGAUUAGUUGGGUUGGGCUUAUUCCAACGAGGAUUCUCUGCUCUAGGAAAUUGUGUAGAAAUUGGUUUGCCAAUGCUCGUCUUGGUUAUCGGCUUGUCACAAUACAUGAAGCAUGUUAAACCCCUAAGGGACUUUCCUAUCUUUGAACGGUUCCCUGUGUUGAUCUGUGUCUCUAUCAUUUGGAUAUACUCCCUUGUACUGACGGCGAGUGGAGCUUACCGCGGCACACCUCGUCUCACUCAGAACAGUUGCCGAACAGACAGGGCGAAUCUUAUAUCUACUGCUCCAUGGUUCAAAUUUCCUUAUCCUCUUCAGUGGGGGCCGCCGACUUUUGCAGCUGGUCAUUCCUUUGCCAUGAUGUCGGCUGUUCUUGUCUCAAUGGUUGAGUCCACUGGAGCAUACAAGGCUGCAUCACGACUGGCUAUUGCCACUCCGCCUCCUGCAUAUGUACUCAGCCGUGGCAUUGGUUGGCAGGGAAUCGGCAUUUUGCUCGAUGGCCUUUUUGGAACCGGCACUGGUUCCACAGUAUCUGUGGAAAAUGUUGGACUUCUUGGACUAACUCGAGUUGGAAGUCGUAGAGUUGUUCAGAUAUCCGCUGGCUUCAUGAUAUUCUUUUCCAUCUUAGGGAAAUUUGGAGCUGUUUUUGCUUCUAUACCGUUUCCUAUAUUUGCUGCUUUAUACUGUGUUCUGUUUGGCCUUGUAGGUUCCGUUGGCCUAUCGUUUCUUCAAUUCACUAACAUGAACUCUAUGAGGAAUCUCUUGAUAACUGGUCUGUCGCUCUUCCUUGGGAUGUCUAUUCCCCAUUUUUUUGACCAAUACUGGAAUGAUUCUCGCCGUGGACUCGUUCACACUCAUGCUGGAUGGUUCAAUGCAUUCUUGAACACGAUAUUCAUGUCGCCCGCGACGGUUGGGUUGAUCGUGGCCGUGUUCCUUGACAAUACAAUAGAAGUGGAAAAAUCGAAGAAAGACCGAGGCAUGCCAUGGUGGGUGAAAUUCAGGACAUUCAGAGGCGACAACCGGAAUGAAGAGUUCUACACCUUGCCAUUCAAUCUCAACCGAUUCUUCCCUCCAACGUAGCUUCGAAUAAACCCGGUAUCUAUCUCUAUUUAUCUAUUUAUUUGUCCAUCAAUAACUAGCUGUCUCUAGAGAAGCUUCGUUUUGGAAUUCCCAUCCUUGCUUGCAUUGCUAGACUUAAUUAGAUUGAUUCUUCAACAUUUCUUUGAGGCUAAUUGAGCUGGUCUUUACAUAUAAAUGUGAAUUAUUAGGGAAUGAUGUAUUUGCUAAUUGCUAUUCUCUCUUUUGUUUAUUCAACCACAUUUUUUGAGGUCAGAAAUAGAGGAAUGCUUGCUUUGAAGAUAUCUUGAAACUUGAAUAUGGUCAUGGCCUGUAGGUUAGUGAAUUUUGGAAUUUGAUGAUGAUGAUGAUGGUAGUAUUAGUAAUAGUAAUAAGAAGAAUGAGAGGUGUUUAUUGUGUUAAUUUCACAUCUUGAUUGAUGUGGGAAUUGAAUGUUUGUUGUGUACUAGUAUUAUUUACAUAA